CCAAGUUCCGUGAGCGGUGACAGUUCUCUCGCGUUCUUAGCAGUGUGCUCGCAGCUUCGCUAGUGUUUGCAUCACUUUGUCGUCAUCUUGGAUUAUACGGCACAACUCCAUCGCAGGACGCUUGAUGCUCUGAGGCACCGAAUUAUGGUGGCAGAAUUUGUCGCCCGCCAAAGUGGAUCGCCGAUCAAUGGUGAGACUCCGUCGCUAAACUGCACGAUGCCAGGCAGCAACUCCUAUUCCGAGCACGUGAUGGUGGACUCUCCCGAGCCCGAACCGCCGUAUUCGGCGGCACCAACGAAUGGGACGCCCCCGAACUUUGAUCUGUCGUCGCACGUCAAGCGCAAAGAGCUGUUCACGCAGCGCAAGCAGCGCGAGUUCAUCCCCGACAACAAGAAGGAUGAGAGCUACUGGGAUAGGCGCAGACGCAAUAACGAGGCGGCCAAGAGGUCACGCGAGAAGAGGCGCUUCAACGACAUGAUCCUCGAGACCAGGGUUGUAGAGCUCACCAAGGAGAACCACGUCCUCAAGGCCCAGCUGGCCGCCUUCAAGGACAAGUUCGGGGUUUGCGGAGAAAGUCUCAUCAGCGUUGAGCAGGUGAUGGCUACGCUGCCCACGACGGAGCAAGUGCUGAGCUUCACGAAGAGGCCGAAGCUGUCGUCGGCCGGGUCUGUGGGGAUGCCGGUGGGGCCGCCGCUGCUGUACACGCCGGGGCCCGCACCCGCGCCCGCCCCCACACCCUCGGCGGCACCCGCCCCCGCGCCCGCGCCCAGCCCCAUCCCCACGUCGGUGAUCCACCAGCCCGUCAGUGUGCAGCCACUACACCCUCUCCAGCACGCCCAGCCGCCUACGCUCGCCUUCCCGCCACCUCCACCGCCACACCACGACGCCUACCCUGAGCCCGACGCGUACCCCUACAGCUUCCAGCUGCCAUCGCUGCACCCGCCACAUCCGCAGUUCGAGACGUCGCCGGUGCUGAACCUGAGCCGCACGGCGCGCAGCCGCGCGCAAAGCCCGUACGAACUUUCGAGCGGCGACGAAUCUGCGUCGGCCCCCGGCCCGCUGCCGCUACCGCUGACGCUGACGGUGUCCGCAAGCAACAGCCUGCCGCACAAGCUGCGCCACAAGAGCCACCUGGGCGACAAGGAUGCGGCCACGACGCUGCUGUCGCUGCAGAACAUCAAGACGGAGCCGGCGGCGCGUGCGUCGCCCCCCUGGGACGCGGAGGGCAGCAGCGACGAGCGCGACUCGGGCAUCUCCCUGGGCGGGCCCGCCGACUGGGCGGCGGCCGCGGCUUCCGGCGCGACGGCAGUGCCCGUGGGGCUGCCGCCCCCGCAGGACGACGCGCAGCUCAAGUCCGAGCUGGCCCGGCUCGCCUCCGAGGUUGCCAACAUCAAGAGCCUGCUUACCGGCACAAAGCCCACUGCGCAAGCCGCGGCCGGCGAGCAGUGAUGUCGCCGCAGUCGGCCGCCUGGUUUCCCACUAGACUGCCCAUUGGCCGGCUGUUAUCCUGGUAGGACGCUUAGGGCGUCACUGUGUGGACCCCCCCAGUUGGGAUCCGUAACUCUUCCUCGCACGUCAAGUGUGGCCUCAGUGGCGUAAUGUGUCUGAGAAGAAAUCCGUCAGCAUCCCCGCUUUAAUGUAGGCGAAGAUACAGACGUAAACGUUCCAUCAGCCAGACUGCGCAUCUGCUCGUUUAGGGCGCCAGUACAUCUCCGUCGUUCACGAAAUUGCGCCCGUUUUUCCCGCAAGAAAUCAGGGUGAAUCGACAUAUUUAUUUUCCUUCAGUAAUAUUAUCUAACAAGAACACUAAAAAUUGAAAAGGAUGUCCUUGCAGUCCCGGUUCCAGACUUUUGUAGACGAUGGGACUACAAUUUUCUAUGACGAUUUACAUUACUUGUACAGAUACACUGAGCUGUGCAUGUUAUGCAACCAGCUCGUGCUUUUACCUAUCCACUCCCAGGCCUCGCCAAAACCACACCAUAUCACAGAACAUAUCUGCCCUUAUUCGCUCAUCCUGUCAUCUCCAAACGUGGCGCUUGUUGCGGAGUAAGGCAUCCAUUCGUUAGAUAUCUACGUUAAACGGGCUGUAAUGUCAUUUAACUGCUGUAACACCAGAUGUUGGAGAGUCUGGAAUGAUAUUUAUGAACAAUUUUGACCCCUUUUUUAUGUCAUCUCGAGUCAACAAUGUACUGAGACACAACACAAACUACAAAUGGGGUCCAUACUAAUUUGAGGUUGCCUCGACGAGUUCCUUCAACCAAAGAAAGUGGACAUACUUAGUAAACGUCAAUCUGUAGUAAUCAGAAGAGGCAGCAAAUAAGGCGGCUACGACGCACGUGUCUGUAUUUGUAAUACAAAUUUAAUGUUCUGCACUUUCUGUUUAUAUGGAAUUGAACUAUUUUCACACAAACAGAAAGUCAUAAUUCUGGCUAUGAUCUCAGUUUUCUCAGCCGAUUACGACGAUUUUAUGUACUAAAUAGAAAAUCCAAAUGAUACUUGAAUAAGUGCUAGAAUUGUUAAUGAUACAAUCAGUACAUCUCAUCAAAGGGAACUUUAAUUGUGACUGAAAAUGUAAGAACUCUUGUAUUUUUAACUUAAAUAAGGGUUGAUGUGUUAGAAUGCCUCAGCCAUCAGUUUAAAGCAGUAAUUGUUACAAAUACUUUUUUAUGCAACUGCUGUUAAAUUUUUCAACAAUAUUGGUGUCAUAUUUUCUGAAAAAUUGUACUUCCUGCUCGUUAAACUGUCAUUUAUUCAGCAAUGUACUUCCAUAUAAUUUUCGUGAAGUGCUGUACACUUCUUUGCCUUAAAUUCUUGUAGAGGAGUAACUUACUACUUUCAGAAGUAUCUGACUGAUUAUGUUUAUUAGGUAUUUAUUUUUUCUUCCUCUUAAGACUGGAGCUUUUUACUAUGUCUUGCAGUGUUAGUUUUUACAGUUUUGUAAAGUAAUGUAACUUAUGUAUCUCAUAAAACUAGCUAAGAACUUACUGAAUUCUCAAGGACAUUGUGGAACAUUUUCACAGUGCUGUGUUUGUUCUGUACUCUGUGAUUGGCCAUGCACUUCUGUGGACUAAAGAUGUAGUGCAUACAUAAUGUGGCCAGAGAGCUGACGAUUAGUGUACAAUGAUGUUGCCAAAGGAGGCAACGUUCACAUUGUAUCAUAGCUGUUCGUGAAAAAGUUGUUAAAUAUUUAUUGUCGUAUUUAAUUGCUGUUGACGUGUAGAAAGACUGUUGGUGGUUUGGAUCGUGCAUAGCAUUAGUUUGUGAUUGCAAAAUACUGAAUGCUAUUUUCCUCUUAUUUUUAUACUUGGAUUAUUUUAAUAUCUCAGGUUUCUGUUUCCUGUAAAUACGUCCAUCCUGCUAAAAUUAUCUGCCUUAAGAAAGCUGUGAAUUGUUCAAUCAAAUUCAAACACUGUCAUUUGCGCAAAUAUCUUAUUGCUGUACCUUCUGCCCUUAAACUGAUUAGAAGUAUGUAUUUUAUGAAUGUACUGGAAUAAACACAGUUUGCUUUUUGUCAUAUA